AUGCGGACGAUGAAGAUUGCGACGGCUCACCUGUUUCUCCUGCUGACGGGGCCGCUGUGGCUGGUGUGUGCCAGGGUGCCGCCGUUGAUACUGUGCGCUCAAAUCCUCGGACUCUUGGUUCUGGUCACGCACAUCAGCUACUGGGCGGUCUGGAUUCUACGGCGGCAGGUGUUCGUCAAGCUCAUCAGUGGGGACGGCAAAGCUGUGCUGAUCACAGGGUGUGAUACGGGCUUCGGGCACUUGCUGGCCAAGCGGUUGGCAAAGGAGGGCUUCUAUGUAUUUGCCGGCUGUCUGUUCUCUGACGGUGCCGAUGCCAAGGAACUGAGGUCUUUGCCAAACGUGCACGUUCUUCAGCUGGACGUCACCAAGGAAGGCCAGGUAGAGCUCGCCUUGGAAGAGGUCAGAAAGAGCUUGGGUUCCAGAGUUCUUUGGUCUGUGGUGGCCAAUGCUGGCGUGCCCAACAUUGGCCCCAUUGAGUGGCAGACCAUGGAUCGCAUUCGGUCCGUGUUCGACGUGAACGUCUUCGGCACCACUCUCGUCUCCAAGAGGUUCUUGCCGCUGCUUCGAGACUCAAAAGGAAGACUCGUCAUUGUUUCCAGCGGGUUAGGUCGGGUGACCUUCGAUCAAUCGACGGUGUAUUCCAUGACCAAGCACGCUGUAAUUUCACUGGCGGACGGACUACGCAGGCAGUACUACCAGCGCGGGGUCCACGUCAUCACCAUUGAGCCCGGGGCCUACAGGUAUCCUGAACUUCCAAUUUUAUUAACUUAG